AUGUCGUCAGCACAAACAAGCAGUACACCAGCCUCUACUACGGCUCAAGAUAUCAUACCAACCUCAUCACAAAACUUGUUGAAUGACAAAUGGGACGUAGUGUUAUCCAAUGCCUUGAUAAAGACAGGCUUAGGCUUUGGUGGAGGUGUUUUGAUGUCGAUAUUGUUUUUCAAGAGGAGACAGUUCCCUGUGUGGUUAGGAAUCGGGUUCGGGUUAGGAAGAGGGUAUUCUGAAGGAGAUGCGAUUUUUAGAUCUAACCACGGAUUGAGAACCGUUAAAGCUUGA